GUAAACACAGGUAAACGACCACCAUCGCAAUUUUUACCUGUUCCGAGCAAAUUUCGAGGAAAGGGUACCCGCCCUGCGUAGUUCAGGACAGUGUUUAAGAAGGAUUUCGGCUCGUGCAGGGGUCGCUACGUCGUGUCUGACGCGAAAAAACGUCUCUCUGAUGCCCACCGAAGCAGCUGGAAACGCAUUGCGGUGCGCGAUCGCAUAAGCUGCCGAGAAACCGCGCUCCCUUCCAAAACAAUCAUCUUGCUGCUGUUGUCGGGAUCAGCGCGCGCCUUGCGAUGUUAGUCGACGGCUCGUGUCCUGUGCGCGCUUAAAGGGAAGGCAACAGGCGGCAAUGAUCCAGCAAGAGAGGUACGCUACGACCAAUCGCCACGGUUAUUCCGUGCGAUACUCGCCGUUCAACCCGACCAUCUUCGCCUGCGCGACAGCGCAGAACUACGGCAUUCAAGGACGGGGAACGCUCUUUAUCCUCGAUUAUGUGCCGGGAACGCCGAUUCGUUUGGUGAAAGCUUUCGAAUGGCCCUACGGCCUCUACGACGUUACCUGGAGCGAGUUGGAGGAAGAUGUUGUCAUCGGAGCUGGCGCCGACGGGAACAUAAUAUUCAUCGCACUGAACCGAGCUAACGUUCCACGGCUAAUACUGAAAGGGCACACCAAAGAAGUGUAUUCCAUCGACUGGAGUCAAACACGCCAAGAACAACUUCUCUUGUCAGGUUCCUGGGAUCAUCUGGUCAAAGUGUGGGACCCGGAAGCGGGCAACCUGCUGUCAACUUUCACUGGUCAUACGAACAAAGUCUACGCUGUAGCCUGGUCUCCACGCAUUCCAGGACUGUUUGCGUCUGUUGCGGGAGAUGGAUCUCUCUGCCUGUGGAAUCUCCAGCAGCCUGCACCCCUGGCCGCCAUACCGGCGCACAGUUGUGAAAUACUCAGCUGCGAUUGGUCCAAGUAUGAACAGCACAUCCUGGCAACGGGUGGCAUUGACAACCUGAUUCGAGGUUGGGACUUGCGGAACGCAGCCAGACCGUUAUUCGAGCUCCGUGGCCAUGGCUAUGCUGUUCGAAAAGUCAAGUUUUCACCACACAGUGCGUCGCUCUUGGCUUCGGCUUCAUAUGACUUUUCAACCAGACUUUGGGACUGGAAGGAAUCCAAUGAGGCCCUCCUCAUUCUGAAGAACCACAAGGAGUUCACAUAUGGAUUGGACUUCAAUCUCCAUGUACAGAAUCAGAUUGCAGACUGCAGCUGGGACCAGACCAUCUGCAUCUCUCAACUUCCCGACAGUCACAAACCCCAGUGAAGAAAAAAAGAAAGGAGAAACGCUUGGUGUCAAAACAAGUCAGCGAAUAAACUACUAUGGUACAGUAUUAAGAAAACAGGCCAUGUCAUACACACGGCUGCUCCUGGCAAGACGGCAUGAAAUUUUGGGUGUACUGUAGCCACACACCCAGAAAUAAAGGAACAAAACACGUCAAAACAUUGCGAGUGUUGCCUUGUCACUGGCAAAAAACAAGAGAUCAUUUAAAUUAUGACUUAAUUUCUCGCAGAAUAC